GUUUUGUGUUAUCCGAAAACUAUUUGACAGUUAAAGAUGGUGUUACCAGCGAAGACUAGUUUCGCACUCACAUACUCCCCACAUUUUCCAUCAUCUUCUUCUCUUCUCCCUCCACAAAUCUUCAACUUCAAACUCAAACUCAAACCCUCACCUUCUCUCACUCUCACGCGCCGCCUAAUACCACCCACAAUCGCAUGCGCCGUCGAGGAAAAAAACCAACCUAGCUCCAUACCCGAACCCGAUUCAGAAUCCGAACCUGGAUCUAAUCAGUCCGAAUUAGCAUCGGAAUUGAAGAAAGCGAUGCAAGAGAGGAAGGAGAAGGAAGGUGACAAUUUCUGGAACGGAGUGGUGAAAGAGAUCGGUGAAAUUGAGUGGCCGGAGUUUGGGAAGGUUUUGGGAACUACCGGUGUUGUUCUUAGUGUUAUCUUUGGUUCUAGCGUGGUUUUGCUCACUGUUAAUGCUGUUUUAGCUGAGCUUUCUGAUAAGGUUUUUGCAGGCAAAGGGAUUCAGGAUUUCUUCAGCUGAAUUGCUCCUCACUUUUUGACUGCAAAUGCGGCUGUAAUUGAGAUUGUGAAAUCAGUAGAAAGGAUAGAAUUCAGGUUAGUUGCUACUAUAUUAGAUAUUUGGUUUUAGUUGGAAAAUAUAGAUGUUUGAACUAUCGUCAGUCCUUUCGCAAUUGUUUUGCUCCGUGGUAUGAAUUCGGAUAGACAAUACCUAUCUAAAAAGUAUUCAGUACGUAAGAGGGUAUACAUAGUCGAUACGAUAAUUAGGUUUGUGGUAUGUUCAAAUAUAUAAUUAAAAUAGUUUAACUAUUUUGAAAUUGGAAGAGUAGUUGAAUUUAUACACGUUAGUCCCACGUUAGAAUAGAGCGAGAAAUAACAGGAUUGUCAAACAUAUGAUAUUUUCAUGAUUAUUCCUGUAUGUCAAUUCUAAAGGUUGUAAAGCUAUUUUCAUAGCAGUUACUUUCAAAAGAAGCUCUUAUUAGUUUCCUCAUGUCAAUAACAUGGUCAAUAAUAUGAUUGAAUAGCAGAAACAAGGCUUUUCUUUUGUGUUUAAAAUGCUGUAGUUCCUAUGCCUAAUUGUUAUCCAGUAUGUAGGGGAGUGGCAUAAAGUCUAGCAUUCAUUCUACUGUCUUAGUGACCCCCUUGCAAGCUCAAAAUUAUCUCUGUAAACAAUUUAAAAAUAUCCAUGCACAUGGACAAUGGAUUACCUACAUGUUAAUUUUGUGAAACGUUUUCUAUGCCAGAUUAUUUUUCAUUUAAUUUCCAUUUAGAAUACUUCUUCCUGCUUUUCGAAGAAUUUCCAUAUAUUGUUUUUUAAAGAAUAUAUGCACUGUGGAGAGAAACAAUUUUGUAAUGAUCUUUAUUUAUUUUCAAAAAAUGUGUACAUUCUAGAAUGAGACAGUUUUGAAAUGAAUUGAAUAUAUAUUCCAUGAAUUUUUUUCCGUACAUGUAAAACUGAGGAAAAACAGACAAGAAAAAGUUAUUUCAUGUUUCAAAUGACACAUCUUGCUUGUUCUCCUUUGCCAAAGCCAUUUGUGCUUCAAUGAUGAUUGAUUUCAGGAAGGGGAUUUUGAAGACUAACAAGGCUUCCCCACUAUGCAUUUUAGUCUGCCAGAAUUACGAGUAAGCAUUCCCACAAAAGUUCCAGGCCUAGCUUUGAUCAUGUCCUCUGUUGAGAAUGGUCUGUUAGUUAGCUCAGGUCCAGCUUGUCUGAAAAAUGCUCCGUUCAUGUAGACAUCGUUGAUUGAUCUCCACUGCCAGUUUUUCCACUCUUCUUCUGGUGAGUACUCCCUCUUUGUUAUCUUUAACACCAAAGUAAAAAAUAAUGUCAGACUUGGUUUUCAUUCUAGUUUCAAGAAUUUCAUUUUUAUUUCGUUGUUUUGUUCAAUCAUGUCAUUUGAAAAUACAAUCGAGGAGCAAAAUAGUAUUUUAUAGGAAAUUCUUUUAGAUUGCUUUUAAAGUAAGGAUGAAAUUAGUAGCUAUUACAUGAUAUGUCAAUAUUAAAAGUCUAACAAAUAAACGUGUUUACCAAGACAUGACUAUGACUUGUAAGGCAUAUAUUUGUAUGCUUAAGCAUGGCUCAUAAGUAGAUGCAUACCUCUUUAGCAUGACCGUUGUUAGAGGCUAUGAAUCGGUUACCCUCACUUAUAAUGGUAGGAUGUUUACUACCACCAAUAGCAUACAUUUCCCAGUGAGUAUAAUCAUUGUUAAGCACAUGGAUAAAACCAUAUCUACACCUUGGCAUCCUUUGGAUUAAUCUCUUACCAAAGUGGUUGAAUGCAAGUGUAAUCUGCAUUUUCUGAUCACCGUCAUAUCCAUCACUUGCACCAAACAACAUAACCUACACCACAUAUACACAAAUAAACAAAAAAAAAACCCAUAAUCAGGUAAAAAUUUUCAUUUCAAAUCGAAUAAUAAAAAAUCUUUAUAAGAAAAAACUUAUAAAAGAACACUACCAAAUUACUAAUUACCUCGUUGUGAUCUGUGAAAUGGCUAUUGGAGAUGGUAAUAGCGGUGGAUCCCAUGAUGACAUCAAUGAGUCCAUCUCUACAGUUUCUCAUAGAAACAUGGUCAAUCCAAACAUUACUGGAGCCAAAAAUUGAAAUUCCAUCACCAUCACUCAUAGUCCUUAGACCAAAGUGGUUCUCGGCAUCUCUAACAAGUCCCCCAGUUCCAAUCUGAAUGUCAAAAACUUUGAUCCCGUGGAUGAUCACAUUAUUGAUGAAUUGGAUAGUAAUACCAGCACCAUUAGUAAUGACAACAUCAACUCCUCGUCCAUCAAUGGUCUUAUCACUUGUCAUUAUGAGUUCCUGGCUGAGCCUAAUUUUCAUGCUACGGGCAAAUAUGAUCCACAAAGGUCCAUUUCUCGUAACUGCAUACCUAAGGGUACCUGGAUGUGGAUAAACCAUGUCAUUAUCUGAGGGGUCAGUUACCACAUAUAUAGGGCCAGCUUUUCCACCAGUUGUCUUCCUUCCAAAACCUUGCACACAAUCUGCAAGCUUCUUGCGGUUAUUUGCCCAGUUAGGAUCACACCUCCAACAACUGUCAAUGGGGUUUGUAGCCAUACAUGGACCGCCAUUGGCUAGUUUUUUUCCCAUAAGAUUCCUUCUUCCUUUAUUGCCGUCAUUUAUCAUUCUGUUGAUCAAAUCCAUGAAUAUUAAAAUAUGACAUAUCACACUUAUAAUUAAUUCAUUGAGAAAAACAGAGAAACAUGUAAUAUAUAAUAGUCAUUGAAUAGAACCAUAUUUAAGGGUUUGAUUUGUUUGAGAUAAUGUUUCCUGUUUCCAUUUUAUUUUAUUUUAUUUUAUAUAAAAUUGCAAAAUUGUCUUCUUGCUUUCACUAUGCUUCGUGGUUUCAAAGUUUAUGCAAGUAUAUAAAGAAACCAAGGAGGCUAUUUUGCAAUUAGAACAAAUUUUUUGAAAUAAAAAUGAAAAAUAAUUUCUGAAACAAAACAUGGCUUAAAAUUUCUUCCAUGAAAUAAAACAUAUUGGUAAAUAUGGUUAUUGGCACAAGUCUCACUCUCUAACACUAGAAGUCAUGUUUCCGGAUACUGCAUAAGGGUCAGGAGUAUAAGCUUUGUCGUUUUUCUUUUGAGCACUUGCUGCUUUUGCCCGCCAAUAUGUAUCAUUAAUCGAUGGAAAUACAUUAUCCCAAUAUCCGUCUUGCUCUUUGACACUAGCAUGCACUAAUGUCGGUAUGAUUACCACAAAAAUAGUCAGAAGGAAGAGGUGGUAUAAUUUUGCCAUAAUGGUUCUCCGCUAAAUGGGAAGAACCCUCUUCCUUCCUCAAAAAAAGGUAAUCAAACCGUUUCAAUUGAAGAACCCUCUUUCUUUCUUAAAAAAAAAAGGUAAUCAAACAGUUUCAGUAUUGACAGUUAUUAUUUAUAUACAUAUCAUGACAGAAAUAGAUAUAUUUAGAAGCCAAAUUAAGAUGACUCUUUUUUUAAGAAUAACAAUUAAUUUCUGUCGAUGAGUAUAUUUAGUGAUGAAAACUUGCAGGGUUACUAGCUUUCUAUAUAUAGAAUACACUAUUAAUUUCUUUGUCAUAAUAGCCAUCUAGGAAAAAAAAAAAGGAUAUUGGUAAUUUUCCCACCACCAAAAUAGUAGUGAAUCUUACUAUACACAUUCUACUCUCAUUUUUAUUGCUUGAUCCUCCUUGACAAGUGGAAGACCAUUCUCAUAUAAACCAUUCAGUUUAAUUUAUCCCAUACAGAGUAGAAACAACAUGGAAUUAGCAACCUAAUUAGAGUUUAUUUUAUGAAUAUUUUUGCAAUACCAUUGCAUAAUAGGGUGGUGGAUGAUUAACCAUAUCAUGAGAACAAACCAAAUAUUUUUUUUUUGGUUUUGAUUUAUAACCAAACCAUUUAUAUAAAACCAUAUUACCAUUGUCAAAUGGUUUUAAAGUAGUUCAUAUCCUGUUUAAAACUAUAUUUUUUUUAUAAACUAAUUUUCAUGCAUUUAUAUAUUUAUAACUUGUAUCAGUUUUAAGAUGAUUAGUUUAAAUUUCUUGAGCAAGACACUCUUACAUCUUGUCUUACAUCUUCAGUUAUUCAACAUUAUUUACCAUCUAGAGUAGAAUCAAGCCCAAAAAAGAUGUUCUUAUAGGAAGAAAAAAAGUAUAAAAUAGAAAAAAAAUCAAAAGAAUAUUAUAUUGAAUAAUAAAAGUUCAAUAUAUUUUUCAAAGGAUUAUUGAAAAAUAUGGAACCAAAAGUCAUCUUACCGAAUAACCAAAAUCAAUAUUCUACGCAAAAAAAAAAAAAAAAAAACUUUGGUACUCAUGAAUUUUAGUUGGGUACCGGUACCUUUAGUGUAAAUUGAUUUAAAUUUUAUUUUUUAAAAAAUAAAAUAAAACAACAAGGUGAUGUGGCAUUGAAUAUUAAUAUUUGAUUGGACAAAGGUAUUGGUACCCAACUAAAUUCAAGGAUACCGGAGUGUUCAUCAAAAUAAAAACCAAAACAAAAGUUAAGAUGAUAAAAAGAGAGAUAUAAGGUAUGCAAUUCAGUUUUCUUUUUAAAAAUGAUUUUAGCAUUAUAUAUUUUUUGAUUAAGUUUUUUUUAAUAAUUUAUGAAAAAAAGCUUUAAAUAAAAAAUUGUUUUAAAUUAAUUUUUUUUAAGAUGCUAGAUAUUUUAAAUAUUUCAUCUUUUUACUAUAAUUUUUUUUAAUAUCAUAAUUUUAAAAAAUUAUUUAAAUUUGAAUUUAUUAUGAAUAACUUUUUAUAAAAUUAUUUUUGAAAAAUAUUUUUUUGAAAAAUUAUGUGAUUUUUUAUAAUGUUUUAAUUUUUAAUAACAUAUAUUUAUAUUACUGAUGUUAAAAUUAACUUUUUAAUUUAUAAAAAUAAGUGUUUAAUUCUUUAUAAAAAUAUUUUUUUUGAAAAUAUAAUUUUUUUUCUAAAGCAAUGGUCUAUAAUUCAAAAGCACAGACGAUAAUAAAAUUUUAUUAAGGGGCAUGAAAUAGCAAUAUAAAUAUAAACUUAUUAAAAUAUUAAAUAUUAAAAAGAUAAGCAAAGUCAAAAAUUCAAAAUUAGAGAAACUCUACCCCACUCCUAAGGUCUCUUAUCCACCAUGCGCGUUGCUAAAAAUGUCUUUCUACUUUCGUAGAUGUAUCUCUAGAAUACUUUUUUGGGUUAAGUAUAUUUUUGGUCCCUAUAAAAUUAUAAAAAUUUGUUUUUAGUCCCUAUUAAAAAAUGACAUGUUUUAGUCCCUACAAAAUUAUUAUGCACGUAGUUUUAGUCCCUACUGUUGAACCGAUAUGUAUUCUUGAAUGAUUAUUUUACAGACAUGUUUAGAACAUUAUAAAAAGUUUCUCGAAAAAAAAGAAACUCAAAAUUUAAUUUCUAAGUCAAGAUUUGCAUGAAUUUUGUCAUUAUAUUUUAAAAUUAAAAAAAUUCAUAUUUAAUUAUUUUUAUUUUAAAAAAUUCUAUAAUUCUGUAAAGAAACAUUUUGUAGUACUUUAAACAUGUCUGAAAAAUAUUAUUGAAAAAUUUAAAAAUUUAAGAGUAAUUAAACAAUUUUCAAAAUUUUAAAAAAUAGCAGGGACUAAAACUGAAUGCAUAAAAUUUUUGUAGGGACUAAAAUAUGUCAUUUUAUUUUAAUAGGGACUAAAAAUAAAAUUUGAGAUAUUUACAGGGAUCAAAAACAUACUUAACCCUACUUUUUUUUAUUCAAAGUUAUAUUGUUCAAUAGGGUGCAUCUACGGAAGCAUUUUAUGUUAAUCUCAAGCCAGACUCUUCUCCUCCUUCAUUCUGAACAUUUUUAACCUUCAAACUCCAACUUCUCAACCUUAAAAAUCAAAUUUUCACCAAACUUAAUUAUUUUCUCUCGAGUUCGGCAGUAAACAUCAACAUCAAUGAUCAAUCAAUUCUGACUCGUUCAAAACUCAAUUUAAUCGGUAAGUUUUAGAGUUUUUGAGAGAAUUUUUGAGUAUUUUCCGUAAUAGAGUUAGAUUCAAUUUUAGGUAUAAAAUCAUUAGACAGUGUUAGAAACAUAGUUUAGAGACAAUGUAUGUAUUGUUUGUUGUGUCAUGUAAUAUAGUGAACUGACUUUAUUUGAAAUAUGCAGAUAGCAAGAGUCGCCACCGACUUUUAUUUUAUCCAAAUUAAUCAGAAAGGCUAAAAGAACAGGAAAAACCUUUUUUAAAAGAAACUGAGUACGGGGGGUAAUUUAUGCAAAGGGAAGGUGUAAGACACCCUUUGCAUUAAUGGUUAUCCAUGGGCUCUUAAUUGCUUUGCUCUUUGAAGAAAAAGUGUAGAAAUAAAAUAAGACUUUAGCUUGUAAAUAAGCGUAGCUUUUUGAAAGUAUUUUUGAGAAAAGGGUAGAAAAAGAUUUUAGCCAGAGCAAGGCAAUUAGGAGCAAUUACCUUAAUAUGUGUAGAAAAGAUCUUUUAGCCUUUCAGGGCUAUCCCUGCCAUAGGAGGGCAAGGAAGUCCUUUGAUUUGGAGGUUGAAGGGUCGUCGCAUUAUCGUUCGCCAUAAGACUGUCUCAUGCCAUAGAGAGGCAGGUAGUCUAAGGGAAGGAUUAUAAUAGCCUUUCGCUUAGGCAACCAGAGGAUACCUCAACCCUUCGUAGGCAACUCCCGAGGGACGAGAUCAUAAUUAAUGUAUCAUAGGCAGCAUCAUUAGGGACUUAUGAUCUUUGCAUUAGUCGAUGCAACAUGGCUGAGGUAUCCUCGUAUUCGAGGGACAAGGCUAUUCUGUAAAAAACACAAGGCAACAAGGCAACAGGCAACGAGAGAGGUUACCAAAAAAGAGUGUGUGGGUGCAACAAUCAUGUGAUUAAUUCAAAAAUUUUAUCUUAUAAUUAGUGAUGCUAAUUCAGUUCAAGGCUUGCACUCCCUAGGAUUACUAACCACGCAAUAAUAUGGGGAAGGGGAAAAAGAAACCAGCGGAUCAAUAGUGCAAUAGGUUUGACAUAAAUAAUAAUCAAAACAAAAAAAAACAAAGGAGGUUAGAUUUUAGGGUUACUGACUAUUGAGCUUUGACGGCUAGCAAACCCUGAAAAUUGGAAAAGGGAGAAAUAAAUAGAAAGUAGUGAGUGCAUUAUCAAUUCAAAUGACAAUUAGGGCUAAACCUAAUUUGAUAAAAGAGGGCAAAAUAAAUACUUAAACAUAAAAUAAGACUUAGCUUUUGAUUUGAUCUGAUAUGGUUCGUAGUCGGAGGUAGCCUCGAGGUUAACCCUGAAAAAUGGGCAAAAAUAGGCAAAAUACGUGAGUGCAAAAGAGUCCAUUGACUUUCGAGGUUUUAGCCCUAAUAACAAUUUUAUAAUGCAAAUAAAUAUUUAAAUGGUAAAAAUAAAAGGGAUAAAGUCGGGACUUAGCUUCGUAAGAGGCGUGGCACGUUGUCGGAAGAUGUUUAAUAAUAAUCCUGAAAAGAAAAGCACAAAGAAAUAUUUUUUAGUGUAUGGCAAAUUCUUGUAAAUAUUAAAUCGAGUGCAAAUUGACUAAAAAUCGAAUUUAAUUAAUUAUUGGUUUUUCAACCUAAUUAAUUAAAUCGAAGGAAAACAAAUUUCGAUUAAAUAUAAAUUACUUAUGAUUUUAUGAAAUUAUAUGAAUUUAAGAAACCAAUUAAAAAAAAAUUAAAUAAACAAAAUAAAAGUUAUAUUAUAAAUAAAAAUAAAAGUUUUAUUAUAUAUAUAUAUAUAUAUAUAUAUAUAUAUAUAUAUAUAUAUAUAUAUAAAUAAAUAAAAUCCGGUUUAUAUAAAAUAAAAAAUUUAAAAAAACUUAACUUGGGAUCUGGUGUGGUAAGCUGAUGAGAGACCACAAUGUGCCUGCGCGUUCUGUGCUCUUUGAUCCACGUUUAGGAGAGAUCUCGUGGCUGGAUCGUGAGGGUGUAUGAUGAACUCUUGUAGACCACGCACACUGGAUCUACAAAUAAGCCUUAAUGCAGAAAAUAAGCAAAUUAAUUGCAUGGGGCCGGAAUCGAUCCAUCCCCCCAUGCUUGAGAAUCUAAGACGCGCUCCACUAAGGCACUUCCCAUUCGCUGUCAAACAAACAACCAACAAAGGAUAUGAAUGAUAAAAUUAGCAUUUAAAUUGAAUUUUGCGCGCCCAACAUUCAUCUUCUUCGCUGGGAUUCUAAAAGAAAAGGCAACACUUUUGCCUACUCCUCCCUUGCGUUGCUAUAGCCCUGGUCAUUUAAAAAUCAUGAAAUACGCAACAUAAAUUUGUUAUAAUACCAUAAAACAACUGGAAAUUACCCUACGAACACGAAUGUACUCUUAAUUUCGUCCAAUUUUCCUUGUAUUCGGAGUCCCCAAUUCAAAGCUCAAGAGCCCUAAAUAUGGUGAAACCUUGUACCUGCACUCAAACUUCAAUUAACCCAUUCCUAAAGCUUCGCAACGUCAUUAUUAACACAUACAUACAAUCAAUUUAUGCCAAUUAUGCAAGAAUUUUUGAAAUCGAUGUAGAAGAAAAUUCAACCAAACCGUGCAUACUAUAUCGUGAUUCUGAGCGUAUUGUUUAAUGACGACGAUAUGGUUGAAGGAUAGAAAAACACUUAGAAAGGGGGGGUUUGAAUAAGUGUGUCUUUAAAACUUGACAGAUAAAAAUAAAUUGCACAGUUAUUUUUAUCCUGGUUCGUUGUUAACUAAACUACUCCAGUCCACCCCCGCAGAGAUGAUUUACCUCAACUGAGGAUUUAAUCCACUAAUCGCACGGAUUACAAUGGUUUUCCACUUAGUCAGCAACUAAGUCUUCCAGAGUCUUCUGAUCACACACUGAUCACUCCAGGAACAACUGCUUAGACACACUCUAAGACUUUUCUAGAGUAUACAGAUCCACACGAUCACUCUAGUUACAAUCUGCUUAGAUCACUUCUAAGACUUCCUAGAGUAUUCUGAUCCACACGAUCACUCUAGUUCCUUACAACUUAAUGUAAUCAAUUCUAAGAGUUACAAAUGCUUCUUAAAAGCUAUAAUCACAAACUGUGAUAUUUCUCUUAAUCGUUUAAGCUUAAUCUCACUAAAAUAUUACAAAAGCAAUGUAGUGAGCUUUGAUGAAGAUGAAGAUUCUGAGCUUUGAUUUGAACAGCGUUUCAGCAAGUUAAUAUGAGUUGUUUUGGAGUAGAAUCGUUAACCUUGCUUCUCAUCAGAACUUCAUAUUUAUAGGCGUUGGAGAAGAUGACCGUUGAACGCAUUUAAUGCUUUGCGUGUUCCGUACAGCAUCGCAUUUAAUGUUUAUACGCUUUUGUCAACUACCUCGAGCCUUGUUCACGCUGUGUCUACUGACGUAGCCUUUAGUAGCUUUUAACGUUCCUUUUGUCAGUCAGCGUAGCUUGCCACUUGUACUUUCUUCUGAUUCUGAUGUUUGUGAAUACAACGUUUGAAUAUCAUCAGAGUCAAACAGCUUGGUGCACAGCAUCUUCUGAUCUUCUGACCUUGAAGUGCUUCUGAGCGUGAUACCAUCAGAACUUCAGUGCUUCUGAUCUCUUGUUCUUCUGAUGCUUCCAUAGACCCAUGUUCUGAUUCUGCUUCGACCAUCUUCUGAUGUCUUGCCAGACCAUGUUCUGAUGUUGCAUGCUGAACCCUUGAGACAAAGCUUCUGAGCGCUGAAUUAUGCGUACUCUUUAUAUAUUUCCUGAAAAGGAAAUUGCAUUGGAUUAGAGUACCAUAUUAUCUUAAGCAAAAUUCAUAUUAUUGUUAUCAUCAAAACUAAGAUAAUUGAUCAGAACAAAUCUUGUUCUAACAAUCUCCCCCUUUUUGAUGAUGACAAAAACAUAUAUAAAUGAUAUGAAUUUGCGAUCAGAAAGAACAGACGGCAAAAGACAAAUUACACAGCUAUAGCAUAAGCAUAUGAAUAGGUCUCCCCCUGAGAUUAACAAUCUCCCCCUGAGAUAAAUAAUCUCCCCCUGAAAUAAAUACUCGAAGAACUUUAAUAAAAGACUUCCCUGAUUAUUUCGGUAGAGACGAUCAUAUAAGCUUUUGUCUUCAGAGAAUUCAUAGCUUCUGACUUCUGCUUCCAUUGGACAGCUUCAGAACUAGAAUUUCUUUAGAUCCCUAGAACACUCACAGCUUCUGAUUCCUGCUUCCAUCUAGGACAGCUUCAGAACUUGAAUUUCUUUGAUCUUCUGAACAUUCACAGCUUCUGACUUCUGCUUCCAUCUAGGACAGCUUCAGAACUUGAAUUUCUUUGAUCUUCUGAACAUUCACAGCUUCUGAUUUCUGCUUCCAUUUAGGACAGCUUCAGAACUUGAGUUUUCUGGAUCUUUGGAACAUUCACAGCUUCUGAUUUCUGCUUCCCUCGGAUAGCUUCAGAGCUUUGAAUUUCUACCAACAUCACUUCAUGCUAGAUUUGUAUCAGAACAUUGUUGAAUGUACCAGAGCAUCAUCAGAGCAUCUCUACAUCCUGAAAUGUUACAGAACAAAAAACUAAACGACAAAAGUCAGCAUGAACGAGUCAGAACAUAAAAUGUAUAUUAGAACACAUUAUAUGUAUCAGAGCCAUAUAGGCUAAAAUAAUGUAUUAGAGCAAAUAGAAUUUUGUUAGAUCAACUAAACAAAUAUGGAUCAAAUUCUAUUAUCCUUGCUUCUGAUUCCUGAAGCUUGAUAGCACUCAGCUUGCUUCAGUCUCCAUGAGUUUAUUCUUUUUACAGAAUAACACUUCUUAUGGUUUUGCUUCUUGUGUUUGCUUUGAAGAUUCUACUUCACUUCAUUAUACCUGCAAAACACUUAAACAAUAUAGAACUAGCAAGUUCUUGUUAGUAAAUGUGUGGGAGCUUUACCCAGCAACUGAUAGAUUAAUCAAAUCAUUUAUCAUUUAUCUUCUCCCCCUUUUUGUCAUAACAUCAAAAAGAAUAUAUCAAAAGAUUCAGAUGUAAAACGACAAAUAAAAACACUGGAAUGUAAAAACAAAGAAACUUUUCAUUGAUAAUGAAAGAUAUUACAAAAAGUUCUUAUGUUUAACAAGCAGAUGCAACAAGGAAAGAAAACUCCUAAGACCAAAAAACCCAAGACCCUAGCUAAGACAGAAUCUGCGCCAGCAUGCCAUGAAGAAGUGAAGCGCAUCAUUGACUGCUUCUUGGGCUUCCAGGCGAGGGGUCAGGGAGACUUGGUUCUGAUGCAGAUCUUCCACAAUCUUUAUCAGAGACCACAUUCUCAGCAGGUGAGGAUGAGGAGACUUCUUUGGAAUGGGAUGAGGGAGAGGAAAGGUUAGAUGAGGAGGAAGUUGAGUCUAGAAGGAAACAAGAUGAGGAAGAAGAUGGAGAUGAUGGAGGGCUUUCACCAGGAGGUUGAAACACUCGUCUAGAAUAGUUUCCAGAUAUCAUUGCUUCGAAUGAAUUCACCUUGAGAGGGUCAUAGGUGAUCUUUAUCUUUUUGGGUUUGGAAGGAGAUGUUUCAACAGCUUUUCUCUUUUUGUGUUGAUCAUUUUCAUGGUUUCCUGGGUUUGAUGAAGGGUUCAUGAUGAAUUUUCAGAUAAUGAACAGCUAGGGUUUAUGAUAAAUGCAAAAAGAUAGAGAAGGAAAACAAGGACAGAGUGUAGAAAAUAUGGGAUGAAAGGAGAAGCGUUUGAAGAGUAUUUAAAGGAAAAUAAAAUGAAACAAAUGAUGGAUAGCAUUUAAUGUUACGUGACGGAGGAGAGAUAAUAAUGACAAAAGACGUGACUAGCACAAUUACCUAUGGUCGGCGUCCCUUCAACUGCACGCGCGCUUAUCCAUGAAUAGUAACGACAGGUUUACCAUCCCGAGACAAAACGUUACAGCUGUUUUGCUUUAAAAGAGGUUCUGAAUCAACUUAGACAAUGAAACGUUAGUAAUAACCGAAUCAUAAUUUCUAAAAGAUUUCAAUCAGAACUUCUGAUUUAAAAAGAAAUCCACAUUCAUUUCAGAAGAUACUCAUACAUGAGAACUUCUCAUCUUCUCAUUCUGGGCAUAAAUCCAUACUGAUGUUCUUCAGAAUGAACUUAAACCUAUCUUCAGCCAGGGGUUUUGUAAAGAUAUCAGCCCAUUGAUGGUCUGUAUCUACAAAGUUUAAAGAUAUAACACCCUUCUGAACAUAGUCCCUUAUGAAAUGAUGUUUAAUCUCAAUAUGUUUAGCUUUUGAAUGAAGAAUAGGAUUCUUAGAUAAACAUAUAGCAGAAGUAUUAUCACAGAAUAUAGGAAUGUUACUCUCAAAUAUCUGAUAAUCUUCUAGCUGACUCUUCAUCCAGAGCAUCUGUGUACUGCAACCAGCAGCAGCGACAUAUUCUGCUUCUGUUGUUGAUAGAGCUAUAGUUGCUUGCUUCUUGCUAUACCAAGAGAUCAAAUGACUUCCAAGAAAUUGGCAACUUCCUGAAGUACUCUUUCUUUCAAUUCUGUCUCCAGCAUAGUCAGCAUCACAGAAUCCUACUAAGUUGUAUUCUUUAGAUUUUCUGUAAACUAAGCCAACAUUAGUAGUACCUUUCAGAUACCUUAGAAUUCUCUUAACAGCAGUUAAAUGAGAUUCUCUAGGAUCUGAUUGGAAUCUAGCACACAAACAAACACUGAACAGAAUGUCAGGUCUAGAAGCAGUCAAAUAUAGAAGAGAUCCAAUCAUACCUCUGUAUAACUUCUGAUCUACCUUCUUACUUACCUCAUCCUUACCUAGGAUGCACGUUGGAUGCAUAGGAGUUUUGGCUUCUUUGCAGUCUAGAAGAUUAAACUUCUUCAGAAGUUCCUUCACAUACUUGGUUUGGUGAACAUACGUUCCUUCUGAUGUUUGAUUUAUUUGUAUUCCAAGGAAAUACUUGAGUUCUCCCAUCAUGCUCAUUUCAAACUCAGCCUGCAUAGACUCAGCAAACUCCUUUCCAAGUGUAGCAUUAGAUGUUCCAAAAAUAAUAUCAUCUACAUAUAUUUGACAAAUUAAAAUAUCCUUUUUAAAGGUUUUACAAAAGAGAGUAGUAUCCACUUUUCCUCUAGUGAAACCAUUAUCCAGAAGGAAAGAACUUAAGCGUUCAUACCAAGCUCUAGGAGCCUGUUUCAAUCCAUACAAUGAUUUCUUUAGUUUAAAAACAUGAUUCGGAGACAUAGAGUCUUCAAAACCAGGAGGUUGAUGGACAUAAACUUCUUCAUCUAUAUAACCAUUUAAGAAGGCACUCUUAACAUCCAUCUGAUAGAGAGUAAUGUUAUGUUGAGUGGCAAAUGAAAUUAAUAGACGAAUAGAUUCUAACCUGGCCACUGGUGCAAAGGUUUCUGUAUAGUCAAUCCCUUCUUGCUGACUAUAACCCUGAGCCACCAGUCUGGCUUUGUUUCUUACCACUUCACCCUUCUCACUGAGCUUGUUUCUGAAGACCCACUUAGUACCGAUUAUAUUGAAUCCAUCUGGUCUAGGAACAAGAUCCCAAACAUCAUUCCUUGUAAACUGAUUCAGUUCUUCUUGCAUAGCAAUUAUCCAGUCUGGAUCUUCUAGAGCAUGAUCAACAGAAGUUGGCUCGAUCAAAGAUACAAGACCUAAUUGACAGUCUGCAUUGUUCUUAAGGAAUGCUCUUGUUCUGAUAGGAUCAUCCUUCUUUCCAAGAAUGACAUCUUCUGAAUGAUCAGAGAUGAGUCUGGAUGAUCUUCUGACAGGUGGUUCCUCAGAAAUGCUUAGAUUCUCCAGAGAAGCUGAUACUUGAUCUUCCGAUUCUUUGCUUCUGAGAAGCUCUGCUUCUGAUGCGUUGCUUCUUGGCUCAACAACUUCUGAUAUGUCAAUAUCACAAUCUGCAAAAUUAUCAACCUGCUUUGGUUUUUCAGAACCAAGCUUAUCAUCAAACCUGAUAUUGAUUGAUUCUUCUACAAUCAAUGUUUCAGUAUUGUAUACUCUGUAGCCUUUUGAGCGUUCAGAAUAUCCAAGAAGAAAACAUUUUUGUGCUUUGGAAUCAAACUUGCCAAGAUGAUCUUUAGUGUUCAGAAUAAAGCAUACACAUCCAAAAGGAUGGAAAUAAGAGAUGUUAGGCUUUCUAUUCUUCCACAAUUCAUAAGGAGUCUUAUUUAGAAUAGGUCUGAUAGAGAUUCUAUUCUGAAUAUAACAUGCAGUGUUUAUUGCUUCUGCCCAGAAAUGCUUAGCCAUAUUGGUUUCAUUGAUCAUGUUUCUGGCCAUUUCUUGCAGAGUCCUAUUCUUUCGUUCUACAACUCCAUUUUGCUGUGGAGUUCUAGGACAAGAGAAAUCAUGGGCAAUACCAUUUUCUUUGAAGAAUUCUUCAAAGAAUCUGUUCUCAAAUUCACCACCAUGAUCACUUCUCACCUUUAUGAUUUUACACUCUUUUUCAGAUUGAAUCUGAAUGCAGAAAUCAAAGAACACUGAAUGAGACUCAUCCUUGUGUUUCAAGAAUUUUACCCAUGUCCAGCGGCUAUAAUCAUCUACGAUGACUAAUCCAUAUUUCUUCCCUCUGACAGAUGCUGUUUUGACUGGGCCAAACAGAUCAAUGUGCAAGAGUUCUAAUGGCCUUGAGGUAGAAACAACAUUCUUGGACUUGAAUGCAGGUUUGGAGAACUUGCCCUUCUGACAUGCUUCACAGAGAGCAUCUGAUUUGAAUUUCAGAUUAGGGAGUCCUCUGACAAGAUUCAGUUUGUUAAUCUGAGAAAUCUUUCUCAAACUAGCAUGACCUAAUCUUCUGUGCCAGACCCACUGCUCUUCAGAAACAGACAUAAGACAAGUCACCUUCUGACUCAUAAGAUCUUGCAGAUCUGUCUUAUAAAUGUUGUUCUUCCUCUUGCCUGUAAAUAGGAUUGAGCCAUCCUUCUGAUUUACAGCUUUGCAAGACUCUUGAUUAAAGAUUAUAUCAUAACCAUUGUCACUCAAUUGACUGAUAGAUAAGAGGUUAUGUGUUAAUCCUUCUACAAGAAGUACAUUAGAAAUGGAAGGAGAGUUACCGGACUUUAUAGUUCCAGAGCCAAUUAUCUUGCCCUUCUGAUUUCCUCCAAACUUGACUUCUCCUCCAGACUUAAGCACCAGGUCUUGGAACAUAGACCUUCUUCCUGUCAUGUGUCGUGAGCAUCCAGAGUCCAGGUACCAUGACAUGUUGUGCUUUGUCCUUUUUGCAGUCAAGGAUAUCUGCAAUAGGAAUAAUCUUAUCCUUAGGUACCCACAUCUUUUUGGGUCCUUUCUUGUUAGAUUUUCUCAAGUUCUGAUUGAACUUGGGUUUAACAUUGUAAGCAAUAGGAGGAACAGCAUGAUAAUUCUUAAUGUGAGUUUCAUGAUAUUUCCUAGGUUGUGUCACAUGCUUCUUAGUGUGUGUUAUGUGAAAACUUUGAGCAUGUGAAGUGUGCCUAAUAUCAUGGGAGUGGCCAUACUUGAACUGAUCAUACAAUGGCUUGUAUGUGAAUUUCAUUUCAUCAACAGGUUCAAGUUUGUAUGGGGUUUCACCCUCAAAACCAAUGCCAACUCUUUUGUUUCCAGACACAGCAUAUAUCAUAGAAGCUAGCUGACUUCUGCCAAUACUUCUAGAUAAGAACUUCCUGAAACUUAAAUCAUAUUCUUUCAGAAUAUGGUUUAGACUGGGAGUGGAUUUUUCUGAAUCAGAAGGAGAUCCAACAUUAUUGGAUAAUUUUAAAAGUUUUUCUUUUAAUUCAGAAUUCUCCAACUCAAGCUUCUUUGUUUCAGAUUCAAAUAGCUUUUUCAGCUUUUUUUAUUUGAGACUGAUUUGAGACUUGAGUUCCAGAAGUUCAGUUAGACCGGAAACUAACUCAUCUCUAGUAAGUUCAGAAAAUACCUCUUCAGAAUCUGAUUCUGAUGUAGAUUCUGAUCCGUCAUCUUCUGACGCCAUCAGCGCACAGUUGGCCUGCUCAUCUUCAGAGUCUGAAUCAUCUUCUGACUCAUCCCAGGUUGCCAUAAGACUUUUCUUCUUAUGAAACUUCUUCUUGGGAUUCUCCUUCUGAAGAUUUGGACAUUCAUUCUUGAAGUGUCCAGGCUCAUUGCAUUCAUAGCACAUGACCUUCUUCUUGUCAAAUCUCCUGUCAUCAGAAGAUUCUCCACGUUCAAAUUUCUUUGAACUUCUGAAGCCUCUGAACUUCCUUUUCUUGGUCUUCCAGAGUUGAUUUAGCCUUCUGGAGAUCAAGGACAGUUCAUCUUCUUCUUCAGAUUCUGAUUCUUCAGGAUCUUCUUCUCUAGCCUGAAAAGCGUUAGUGCAUUUCUUGAUAUUUGAUUUUAAUGCAAUAGACUUACCUUUCUUUUGAGGCUCAUUUGCGUCCAGCUCUAUUUCAUGACUUCUCAAGGCACUGAUAAGCUCUUCCAGAGAAACUUCAUUCAGAUUCUUUGCAAUCUUGAAUGCAGUCACCAUAGGACCCCAUCUUCUGGGUAAGCUUCUGAUAAUCUUCUUUACGUGAUCAGCCUUGGUGUAUCCCUUGUCAAGAACUCUCAAUCCAGCAGUAAGAGUUUGAAAUCUUGAAAACAUCUUUUCAAUGUCUUCAUCAUCCUCCAUCUUGAAGGCUUCAUACUUCUGGAUUAAAGCUAGAGCUUUAGUCUCCUUGACUUGAGCAUUUCCUUCAUGAGUCAUUUUCAAGGACUCAUAUAUGUCAUAGGCCGUUUCCCUGUUAGAUAUCUUCUCAUACUCAGCAUGAGAGAUAGCAUUCAGCAAAACAGUUCUGCAUUUAUGAUGAUUCCUGAAGAGCUUCUUCUGAUCAUCAUUCAUUUCUUGCCUUGUCAGCUUUACGCCUCUGGCAUUUACUGGAUGUUUGUAACCAUCCAUCAGAAGAUCCCAUAGAUCACCAUCUAGACCAAGAAAGUAACUUUCCAGUUUAUCUUUCCAGUAUUCAAAGUUUUCACCAUCAAAUACCGGCGGUCUAGUAUAACCAUUGUUACCGUUGUAUUGCUCAGCAGAGCCAGAUGUAGAUGCAGGUGUAGGUGUAGACUUUUCACUUUCAUCAACCAUCUUUUACUGAAGCGUUUUUCUCUUCCUGAAUCUUUUCUAAACACGGUUAAGUGCUUGCACCUUAGAACCGGCGCUCUGAUACCAAUUGAAGGAUAGAAAAACACUUAGAAAGGGGGGGUUUGAAUAAGUGUGUCUUUAAAACUUGACAGAUAAAAAUAAAUUGCACAGUUAUUUUUAUCCUGGUUCGUUGUUAACUAAACUACUCCAGUCCACCCCCGCAGAGAUGAUUUACCUCAACUGAGGAUUUAAUCCACUAAUCGCACGGAUUACAAUGGUUUUCCACUUAGUCAGCAACUAAGUCUUCCAGAGUCUUCUGAUCACACACUGAUCACUCCAGGAACAACUGCUUAGACACACUCUAAGACUUUUCUAGAGUAUACAGAUCCACACGAUCACUCUAGUUACAAUCUGCUUAGAUCACUUCUAAGACUUCCUAGAGUAUUCUGAUCCACACGAUCACUCUAGUUCCUUACAACUUAAUGUAAUCAAUUCUAAGAGUUACAAAUGCUUCUUAAAAGCUAUAAUCACAAACUGUGAUAUUUCUCUUAAUCGUUUAAGCUUAAUCUCACUAAAAUAUUACAAAAGCAAUGUAGUGAGCUUUGAUGAAGAUGAAGAUUCUGAGCUUUGAUUUGAACAGCGUUUCAGCAAGUUAAUAUGAGUUGUUUUGGAGUAGAAUCGUUAACCUUGCUUCUCAUCAGAACUUCAUAUUUAUAGGCGUUGGAGAAGAUGACCGUUGAACGCAUUUAAUGCUUUGCGUGUUCCGUACAGCAUUGCAUUUAAUGUUUAUACGCUUUUGUCAACUACCUCGAGCCUUGUUCACGCUGUGUCUACUGACGUAGCCUUUAGUAGCUUUUAACGUUCCUUUUGUCAGUCAGCGUAGCUUGCCACUUGUACUUUCUUCUGAUUCUGAUGUUUGUGAAUACAACGUUUGAAUAUCAUCAGAGUCAAACAGCUUGGUGCACAGCAUCUUCUGAUCUUCUGACCUUGAAGUGCUUCUGAGCGUGAUACCAUCAGAACUUCAGUGCUUCUGAUCUCUUGUUCUUCUGAUGCUUCCAUAGACCCAUGUUCUGAUUCUGCUUCGACCAUCUUCUGAUGUCUUGCCAGACCAUGUUCUGAUGUUGCAUGCUGAACCCUUGAGACAAAGCUUCUGAGCGCUGAAUUAUGCGUACUCUUUAUAUAUUUCCUGAAAAGGAAAUUGCAUUGGAUUAGAGUACCAUAUUAUCUUAAGCAAAAUUCAUAUUAUUGUUAUCAUCAAAACUAAGAUAAUUGAUCAGAACAAAUCUUGUUCUAACAAUGGUUAGCUUCAGGAGCGUUCCAGGAAUGUGUGUGAGUCUUUAGAAUGUCUUGAAUCUCCCUCCAAUCCUCAAACCGAGUCUCAAAUUUUCUUGAGUUUCUUGAGCUUUUUCAGUGUUCUUUUGCUUCCAAUCCUUAUCAAAAUCUCGUCCCCAUGCUUUUGAUCACUGGUAUAUAUAUAAUAGACCAAUUAGGGCACCUAAACUUGAUUGAAUCCAUGUGAAUCAAAGAUUUGGAUUUUGAUUGAAACAUGAUUUUUAAACUUUCUAAUUUUGCCAAAUUUCAAUCUUUUUUCCCCAAUCACGCUUAGCACGAAUUUGUUAUGAAAUAAUGCAUAUCUUGGUGAUUGAUUAUGGUUGAAAAAUAAAUCAAAUCAAAUCUUCUCUAUUUUCCUUCCAAAUAUUUGAUUAAAUUGACUUUUUAAUGAAUAAAAAUUCAUAUAAAAUCAAAUAAUCAACAAUAAUUCGUGGCCAUUAGAUAUGGAGUCUUAGGUGAAGGAUAGAAAAACACUUAGAAAGGGGGGGUUUGAAUAAGUGUGACUUUAAAAACUUGACAGAUAAAAAUAAAUUGCACAGUUAUUUUUAUCCUGGUUCGUUGUUAACUAAACUACUCCAGUCCACCCCCGCAGAGAUGAUUUACCUCAACUGAGGAUUUAAUCCACUAAUCGCACGGAUUACAAUGGUUUUCCACUUAGUCAGCAACUAAGUCUUCCAGAGUCUUCUGAUCACACACUGAUCACUCCAGGAACAACUGCUUAGAUACCCUCUAAGACUUUUCUAGAGUAUACAGAUCCACACGAUCACUCUAGUUACAACCUGCUUAGAUAACCUCUAAGACUUCCUAGAGUAUUCUGAUCCACACGAUCACUCUAGUUACUUACAACUUAAUGUAAUCAAUUCUAAGAGUAUUACAAAUGCUUCUUAAAAAGCUAUAAUCACAAACUGUGAUAUUUCUCUUAAUGUUUAAGCUUAAUCUCACUAAUAUAUUACAACAGCAAUGUAGUGAGCUUUGAUGAAGAUGAAGAUUCUGAGCUUUGAGUAGAACAGAGAUUCAGCAAGUUAAUAGGCGUUGUUUUUGUUCAAAAUCGUUAAGAAUUAGUAACCUUGCUUCUCAUCAGAACUUCAUAUUUAUAGGCGUUGGAGAAGAUGACCGUUGAACGCAUUUAAUGCUUUGCGUGUUCCGUACAGCAUCGCAUUUAAUGUUAUACGCUUUUGUCAACUACCUCGAGCCUUGUUCACGCUGUGUCUACUGACGUAGCCUUUAGUAGCUUUUAACGUUCCUUUUGUCAGUCAGCGUAGCUUGCCACUUGUACUUCCUUCUGAUCUGAUGUUUGUGAAUACAACGUUUGAAUAUCAUCAGAGUCAAACAGCUUGGUGCAAAGCAUCUUCUGAUCUUCUGACCUUGAAGUGCUUCUGAGCGUGAUACCAUCAGAACUUCAGUGCUUCUGUUCUCUUGUUCUUCUGAUGCUUCCAUAGACCCAUGUUCUGAUUCUGCUUCGACCAUCUUCUGAUGUCUUGCCAGACCAUGUUCUGAUGUUGCAUGCUGAACCCUUUGAGACAAAGCUUCUGAGCGCUGAAUUAUGCGUACUCUUUAUAUAUUUCCUGAAAAGGAAAUUGCAUUGGAUUAGAGUACCAUAUUAUCUUAAGCAAAAUUCAUAUUAUUGUUAUCAUCAAAACUAAGAUAAUUGAUCAGAACAAAUCUUGUUCUAACAAUCUCCCCUUUUUGAUGAUGACAAAAACAUAUAUAAAUGAUAUGAAUUUGCGAUCAGAAAGAACAGAUGGCAAAAGACAAAUUACACAGCUAUAGCAUAAGCAUAUGAAUAUGUCUCCCCCUGAGAUUAACAAUCUCCCCCUGAGAUAAAUAAUCUCCCCCUGAAAUAAAUACUCGAAGAACUUUAAUAAAAGACUUCCCUGAUUAUUUCGGUAGAGACGAUCAUAUAAGCUUCUGUCUUCAGAGAAUUCAUAGCUUCUGACUUCUGCUUCCAUUGGACAGCUUCAGAACUAGAAUUUCUUUAGAUCCCUAGAACACUCACAGCUUCUGAUUCCUGCUUCCAUCUAGGACAGCUUCAGAACUUGAAUUUCUUUGAUCUUCUGAACAUUCACAGCUUCUGACUUCUGCUUCCAUCUAGGACAGCUUCAGAACUUGAAUUUCUUUGAUCUUCUGAACAUUCACAGCUUCUGAUUUCUGCUUCCAUUUAGGACAGCUUCAGAACUUGAGUUUUCUGGAUCUUUGGAACAUUCACAGCUUCUGAUUGCUUCCCUCGGAUAGCUUCAGAGCUUUGAAUUUCUACCAACACCACUUCAUGCUAGAUUUGUAUCAGAACAUUGUUGAAUGUACCAGAGCAUCAUCAGAGCAUCUCUACAUCCUGAAAUGUUACAAAACAAAAACUAAACGACAAAAGUCAGCAUGAACGAGUCAGAACAUAAAAUGUAUAUUUGAACACAUUCUAUGUAUCAGAGCCAUAUAGGCUGAAAUAAUGUAUCAGAGCAAAUAGAAUUUUGUCAGAUCAAAUAAACAAAUAUGGAUCAAAUUCUAUUAUCAGUGCUUCUGAUUUCUGAAGCUUGAUAGCACUCAGCUUGCUUCAGUUUCCAUGAGUUUAUUCUUUUCACAGAAUAACACUUCUUCUGGUUUUGCUUCUUGUGUUUGCUUUGAAGAUUCUCUUCACUUCAUUAUACCUGCAAAACACUUAAACCAUAUAGAACUUGCAGUUCUUGUUAGUAAAUGUGUGGGAGCUUUACCCAGCAACUGAUAGAUUAAUCAAAUCAUUUAUCAUUUAUCUUCUCCCCCUUUUUGUCAUAACAUCAAAAAGAAUAUUUCAAAAGAUUCAGAUGAAUAAAACGACAAAUAAAAUCACUGGAAUGUAAAAACAAAGAAACUUUUCAUUGAUAAUCAAAAGAUAUUACAAAAGGUUCUUAUGUUUAACAAGAUGAGAAACAUUCCUAGCAAAUACAUAAAAAGUCAUCCCAAGAGGAAAUGACUACAAAAAUUAAAAACAGCACCCUAGCAAGACACACUCUGUGUCAACCCAUCAAGAAUCCCUGUGGACUCUUGUCUUCCAGACUAGAACCUCCACUGUAGGAGAGAUCCAAGUGACCAAAGAGGAAGAGAGGGACAGUUCACAGACAGAGAGCUAAUGUUGCAAACGGGGCUUUCCCUUAACAUAGAAGUUAAGAAUAUCAUUCUUAACCUCUUCCCAUAACUCAAGAAAGUCUUCUAUCUUUGGGUGAAAGUUGAUAACAACAUCAAAGAAGAGGUCUGACUUGAGAGGUAUUAGGAGAGCCAUCCCGAGAUAUGCAGAGAUCUGUCGCCUUUGAGUCAUAGAUCUUCAACAGGCUUAGGAUGAACGCUAGGUUUGAGCUAGGAUAUUUAAAAGAAAGAAAAAACUUGUUUGAGCAAGAGACGAAAACGGAAGAGAGAGAGAAAAAAAAAACUUGAUGAGGAAUGCAAAGAGAUAGAGAAAGAGAACACAGAUAGAGUGUAAAAGAGAAAAUAUAGGAGGGAAAAGAAACGUUUGAAGAAUAUAAAAAGAAAAUAAAAUGAAACAAAUGAUGGAUAGCAUUUAAUGUUACGUGACGUGAGGAGAGAUAAUAAUGACAAAAGACGUGACUAGCACAGUUACCUAUGGUCGGCGUCCCUUCAACUGCACGCGCGCUUAUCCAUGAAUAGUAACGACAGGUUUACCAUCCCAAGAUAAAACGUUACAGCUGUUUUGCUUUAACAGUGGUUCUGAAUCAACUUAGACAAUGAAACGUUAGUAAUAACCGAAUCAUAAUUUCUAAACGAAUUCAAUCAGAACUUCUGAUUUAAAAAAAAAUCACAUUCAUUUCAGAAGAUACUCAUACGUAAGAACUUCUCAUCUUCUCAUUCUGGGCAUAAAUCCAUACUGAUGUUCUUCAGAAUGAACUUAAACCUAUCUUCAGCCAGGGGUUUUGUGAAGAUAUCAGCCCAUUGAUGGUCUGUAUCCACAAAGUUUAAAGAAAUAAUACCCUUCUGAACAUAGUCCCUUAUGAAAUGAUGUUUAAUCUCAAUAUGUUUAGCCUUUGAAUGAAGAAUAGGAUUCUUAGAUAAACAUAUAGCAGAAGUAUUAUCACAGAAUAUAGGAAUGUUACUCUCAUAUAUCUGAUAAUCUUCUAACUGACUCUUCAUCCAGAGCAUUUGUGUACUGCAACCAGCAGCAGCGACAUAUUCUGCUUCUGUUGUUGAUAGAGCAAUAGUUGCUUGCUUCUUGCUAUACCAGGAGAUCAAAUGACUUCCAAGAAAUUGGCAACUUCCUGAAGUACUCUUUCUUUCAAUUCUGUCUCCAGCAUAGUCAGCAUCGCAGAAUCCUACUAAGUUGUAUUCUUUAGAUUUUCUGUAAACUAAGCCAACAUUAGUAGUACCUUUCAGAUACCUUAGAAUUCUCUUAACAACAGUUAAAUGAGAUUCUCUAGGAUCUGAUUGGAAUCUAGCACACAAACAAACACUGAACAGAAUGUCAGGUCUAGAAGCAGUCAAAUAUAGAAGAGAUCCAAUCAUACCUCUGUAUAACUUCUGAUCUACCUUCUUACUUACCUCAUCCUUACCUAGGAUGCAUGUUGGAUGCAUAGGAGUUUUGGCUUCUUUGCAGUCUAGAAGAUUAAACUUCUUCAGAAGUUCCUUCACAUACUUGGUUUGGUGAACAUACGUUCCUUCUGAUGUUUGAUUUAUUUGUAUUCCAAGGAAAUACUUGAGUUCUCCCAUCAUGCUCAUUUCAAACUCAGCCUGCAUAGACUCAGCAAACUCCUUUCCAAGUGUAGCAUUAGAUGUUCCAAAAAUAAUAUCAUCUACAUAUAUUUGACAAAUUAAAAUAUCCCUUUUAAAGGUUUUACAAAAGAGAGUAGUGUCCACUUUUCCUCUAGUGAAGCCAUUAUCCAGAAGAAAAGAACUUAAGCGUUCAUACCAAGCUCUGGGAGCUUGUUUCAAUCCAUACAAUGAUUUCUUUAGUUUAAAAACAUGAUUAGGAGACAUAGAGUCUUCAAAACCAGGAGGUUGAUGGACAUAAACUUCUUCAUCUAUAUAACCAUUUAAGAAGGCACUCUUAACAUCCAUCUGAUAGAGAGUAAUGUUAUGUUGAGUGGCAAAUGAAAUUAAUAGACGAAUAGAUUCUAACCUGGCCACUGGUGCAAAGGUUUCUGUAUAGUCAAUCCCUUCUUGCUGACUAUAACCCUGAGCCACCAGUCUGGCUUUGUUUCUUACCACUUCACCUUUCUCACUUAGCUUGUUUCUGAAGACCCAUUUUGUACCGAUUAUAUUGAAUCCAUCUGGUCUAGGAACAAGAUCCCAAACAUCAUUCCUUGUAAACUGAUUCAGUUCUUCUUGCAUAGCAAUUAUCCAGUCUGGAUCUUCUAGAGCAUGAUCAACAGAAGUUGGCUCGAUCAAAGAUACAAGACCUAAUUGACAGUCUGCAUUGUUCUUAAGGAAUGCUCUUGUUCUGAUUGGAUCAUCCUUCUUUCCAAGAAUGACAUCUUCUGAAUGAUCAGAGAUGAGUCUGGAUGAUCUUCUUACAGGUGGUUCUUCAGAAAUGCUUAGAUCCUCCAGGGAAGCUGAUACUUGAUCUUCAGAUUCUUUGCUUCUGAGAAGCUCUGCUUCUGAUGCGUUGCUUCUUGGCUCAACUGCUUCUGAUAUAUCAAUAUCACAAUCUGCAAAAUUAUCAAACUGCUUUGGUUUUUCAGAACCAAGCUUAUCAUCAAACCUGAUAUUGAUUGAUUCUUCUACAAUCAAUGUUUCAGUAUUGUAUACUCUGUAGCCUUUUGAGCGUUCAGAAUAUCCAAGAAGGAAACAUUUUUGUGCUUUGGAAUCAAACUUACCAAGAUGAUCUUUAGUGUUCAGAAUAAAGCAAACACAUCCAAAAGGAUGGAAAUAAGAAAUGUUGGGCUUUUUAUUCUUCCACAAUUCAUAAGGAGUCUUAUUUAGAAUAGGUCUGAUAGAGAUUCUAUUCUGAAUAUAGCAUGCAGUGUUUAUUGCUUCUGCCCAGAAAUGCUUAGCCAUAUUGGUUUCAUUGAUCAUGGUUCUGGCCAUUUCUUGCAGAGUCCUAUUCUUUCGUUCUACAACUCCAUUUUGCUGUGGAGUUCUAGGACAAGAGAAAUCAUGGGCAAUACCAUUUUCUUUGAAGAAUUCUUCAAAGAAUCUGUUCUCAAAUUCACCACCAUGAUCACUUCUGACCUUUAUGAUUUUACACUCUUUUUCAGAUUGAAUCUGAAUGCAGAAAUCAAAGAACACUGAAUGAGACUCAUCCUUGUGUUUCAAGAAUUUUACCCACGUCCAGCGGCUAUAAUCAUCUACGAUGACUAAUCCAUAUUUCUUCCCUCUGACAGAUGCUGUUUUGACUGGGCCAAACAGAUCAAUGUGCAAGAGUUCUAAUGGCCUUGAGGUAGAAACAACAUUCUUGGACUUGAAUGCAGGUUUGGAGAACUUGCCCUUCUGACAUGCUUCACAAAGAGAAUCUGAUUUAAAUUUCAGAUUAGGGAGUCCUCUGACAAGAUCCAGUUUGUUAAUCUGAGAAAUUUUUCUCAAACUAGCAUGACCUAAUCUUCUGUGCCAGACCCACUGCUCUUCAGAAACAGACAUAAGACAAGUCACCUUCUGACUCAUAAGAUCUUGCAGAUCUGUCUUAUAAAUGUUGUUCUUCCUCUUGCCUGUAAAUAGGAUUGAGCCAUCCUUCUGAUUUACAGCCUUGCAAGACUCUUGAUUAAAGAUUAUAUCAUAACCAUUGUCACUUAAUUGACUGAUAGAUAAGAGGUUAUAUGUUAAUCCUUCUACAAGAAGUACAUUAGAGAUGGAGGGAGAGUUACCAGACUUUAUAGUUCCAGAGCCAAUUAUCUUGCCCUUCUGAUCUCCUCCAAACUUGACUUCUCCUCCAGACUUAAGCACCAGGUCUUGGAACAUAGACCUUUUUCCUGUCAUGUGUCGUGAGCAUCCAGAGUCCAGGUACCAUGACAUGUUGUGCUUUGUCCUUUUUGCAGUCAAGGAUAUCUGCAAUAGGAAUAAUCUUAUCCUUAGGUACCCACAUCUUUUUGGGUCCUUUCUUGUUAGAUUUUCUCAAGUUCUGAUUGAACUUGGGUUUAACAUUGUAAGCAAUAUGAGGAACAGCAUGAUAAUUCUUAAUGUGAGUUUCAUGAUAUUUCUUAGGUUGUGUCACAUGCUUUUUGGUGUGUGUUAUGUGAAAACUUUGAGCAUGUGAAGUGUGCCUAAUAUCAUGGGAGUGGCCGUACUUGAACUGAUCAUACAAUGGCUUGUAUGUGAAUUUCAUUUCAUCAACAGGUUCAAGUUUGUAUGGGGUUUCACCCUCAAAACCAAUGCCUACUCUUUUGUUUCCAGACACAGCAUAUAUCAUAGAAGCUAGCUGACUUCUGCCAAUACUUCUAGAUAAGAACUUCCUGAAACUUAAAUCAUAUUCUUUCAGAAUAUGGUUUAGACUGGGAGUGGAUUUUUCUGAAUCAGAAGGAGAUCCAACAUCAUUGGAUAAUUUUAAAAGUUUUUCUUUUAAUUCACAAUUUUCCAACUCAAGCUUCUUUGUUUCAAGUUCAAAUAGCUUUUUCAGCUUUUUGUAUUUGAGACUAAUCUGAGACUUGAGUUCCAGAAGUUCAGUUAGACCGGAAACUAACUCAUCUCUAGUAAGUUCAGAAAAUACCUCUUCAGAAUCUGAUUCUGAUGUAGAUUCUGAUCCGUCAUCUUCUGUCGCCAUCAGCGCACAGUUAGCCUGCUCAUCUUCAGAGUCUGAAUCAUCUUCUGACUCAUCCCAGGUUGCCAUAAGACCUUUCUUCUUAUGAAACUUCUUCUUGGGAUUUUCCUUCUGAAGUUUUGGACAUUCAUUCUUGAAGUGUCCAGGCUCAUUGCAUUCAUAGCACAUGACCUUCUUCUUGUCAAAUCUUCUGUCAUCAGAAGAUUCUCCACGUUCAAAUUUCUUUGAACUUCUGAAGCCUCUGAACUUCCUUUGCUUGGUCUUCCAGAGUUGAUUUAGCCUUCUGGAGAUCAAGGACAGUUCAUCUUCUUCUUCAGAUUCUGAUUCUUCAGGAUCUUCUUCUCUAGCCUGAAAAGUGUUAGUGCAUUUCUUGAUAUUGGAUUUUAAUGCAAUAGACUUACCUUUCUUUUGAGGCUCAUUUGCGUCCAUCUCUAUUUCAUGACUUCUCAAGGCACUGAUAAGCUCUUCCAGAGAAACUUCAUUCAGAUUCUUUGCAAUCUUGAAUGCAGUCACCAUAGGACCCCAUCUUCUGGGUAAGCUUCUGAUGAUCUUCUCUUACUCUCAAUCCAGCAGUAAGAGUUUGAAAUCUUGAAAACAUCUUUUCAAUGUCUUCAUCAUCCUCCAUCUUGAAGGCUUCAUACUUCUGAAUUAAAGCGAGAGCUUUAGUCUCCUUGACUUGAGCAUUUCCUUCAUGAGUCAUUUUCAAGGACUCAUAUAUGUCAUAGGCCGUUUCCCUGUUAGAUAUCUUCUCAUACUCAGCAUGAGAGAUAGCAUUCAGCAAAACAGUUCUGCAUUUAUGAUGAUUCCUGAAAAGCUUUUUCUGAUCAUCAUUCAUUUCUUGCCUUGUCAGCUUUACGCCACUGGCAUUUACUGGAUGUUUGUAACCAUCCAUCAGAAGAUCCCAUAGAUCACCAUCUAGACCAAGAAAGUAACUUUCCAGUUUAUCUUUCUAGUAUUCAAAGUUUUCACCAUCAAAUACCGGCGGUCUAGUAUAACCAUUGUUACCGUUGUGUUGCUCAGCAGAGCCAGAUGUAGAUGCAGGUGUAGACUUUGGAGUUUCAUCAGCCAUCUUUUACUGAAGCGUUUUUCUCUUCCUGAAUCUUUUCUAAACACGGUUAAGUGCUUGCACCUUAGAACCGGCGCUCUGAUGCCAAUUGAAGGAUAGAAAAACACUUAGAAAGGGGGGGUUUGAAUAAGUGUGACUUUAAAAACUUGACAGAUAAAAAUAAAUUGCACAGUUAUUUUUAUCCUGGUUCGUUGUUAACUAAACUACUCCAGUCCACCCCCGCAAAGAUGAUUUACCUCAACUGAGGAUUUAAUCCACUAAUCGCACGGAUUACAAUGGUUUUCCACUUAGUCAGCAACUAAGUCUUCCAGAGUCUUCUGAUCACACACUGAUCACUCCAGGAACAACUGCUUAGAUACCCUCUAAGACUUUUCUAGAGUAUACAGAUCCACACGAUCACUCUAGUUACAACCUGCUUAGAUAACCUCUAAGACUUCCUAGAGUAUUCUGAUCCACACGAUCACUCUAGUUACUUACAACUUAAUGUAAUCAAUUCUAAGAGUAUUACAAAUGCUUCUUAAAAAGCUAUAAUCACAAACUAUGAUAUUUCUCUUAAUGUUUAAGCUUAAUCUCACUAAUAUAUUACAACAGCAAUGUAGUGAGCUUUGAUGAAGAUGAAGAUUCUGAGCUUUGAGUAGAACAGAGAUUCAGCAAGUUAAUAGGCGUUGUUUUUGUUCAAAAUCGUUAAGAAUUAGUAACCUUGCUUCUCAUCAGAACUUCAUAUUUAUAGGCGUUGGAGAAGAUGACCGUUGAACGCAUUUAAUGCUUUGCGUGUUCCGUACAGCAUCGCAUUUAAUGUUAUACGCUUUUGUCAACUACCUCGAGCCUUGUUCACGCUGUGUCUACUGACGUAGCCUUUAGUAGCUUUUAACGUUCCUUUUGUCAGUCAGCGUAGCUUGCCACUUGUACUUCCUUCUGAUCUGAUGUUUGUGAAUACAACGUUUGAAUAUCCUCAGAGUCAAACAGCUUGGUGCAAAGCAUCUUCUGAUCUUCUAACCUUGAAGUGCUUCUGAGCGUGAUACCAUCAGAACUUCAGUGCUUCUGUUCUCUUGUUCUUCUGAUGCUUCCAUAGACCCAUGUUCUGAUUCUGCUUCGACCAUCUUCUGAUGUCUUGCCAGACCAUGUUCUGAUGUUGCAUGCUGAACCCUUUGAGACAAAGCUUCUGAGCGCUGAAUUAUGCGUACUCUUUAUAUAUUUCCUGAAAAGGAAAUUGCAUUGGAUUAGAGUACCAUAUUAUCUUAAGCAAAAUUCAUAUUAUUGUUAUCAUCAAAACUAAGAUAAUUGAUCAGAACAAAUCUUGUUCUAACAUUAGGUAGCUUGAGGAUCAAGUUUGGGCCAUAAGAAGUUGGGCCUCUUUGCAAAGAAAUCCAUUUUGAGGCCUUUUAUUUCACAUUUUUCCUCUUAAAAUCGACCAACUUUGACAAGGCACAUCUCCCUCAAUUUUUAAGAUAUGGAGGAGUUCUAGGACUUUUUGGAAACCUCAAGAUGUCCUCUACAAGCCACUUUAGAAGAUUUUUUCCAUUUGAAGAAUAUAUCUUGAUGACAUGGCUCCUGACAAAAAACUGCCUUUGGUUGACUUUCGAAAAGGACCCAUAAUCUUUUGAUCCAUAUCUCUCAAAUGAAGCAUUUUUAGACUUGGCUUGUGAGACACAAAAUUGUAGAGAAUCCAAUUUCAUUCAAAAUGAGCUUUGGAUGGAAAAUUUCUGAUGUUCCAUGUAGGAGUUAUGGCUGGUCAAAGUUCAGUUGACUUUCUCCUAUGAAAACCCUAAUUUAGAAACUUUUGGAAUUGUUGAUUUCUGAUCUUUCCUUGAUGAACCAUGAUCAAUCCUUGAUCAAAUGGUGAAUGGUACUUCAAAAUGAGGAUGUUGACAAAAAAUCAGGAGUCUUGACUAUACUUUGACCACAGUUGACUUUUAGGUCAAACUAGUCGACCGUUGACUUUCUGAGCAAUUGAGUGAUCAAUCCUUUGAAUUGAGGCCUGAAUUUUGUCAUGGAAGUAGUUUAGAAUGUCAUAGACCAUAUGAGAUGCCUUGGAGCUUUUGAUAGAUUGAUUUUCUUCAGAAUAAUGAAAACCCUAGUUUCUUGAAACUUUGUUUAGGAGGGAUGUCUUUGAGUUUUGAACUUCGAUAGGAGUUUGAUUUAAGAGAAAUAAGAUGGGAAAAUUUUGGGGUAUGACAGCUUCCCCUGUUCAAUUUUCUUAAACCUGAAGAUGUAGAGUGGUUUGUGUGCCAGUCGGUAUCUGAAGGUAGAAGAGGAUUGAACACUAGAAUACCCAAGAAUUUGCCUUAGCUGAAGUAGGGACUUUUGUCAGAGAUGGGCUUAAAGAUGCCAUCCAGACCUUGAGAGAAAGUUUAUUGGAGAUGGGCUUAAAGAUGCCACCCAGGUGUUUGGAAAAGAUGUAUGAUUGAGAUGGGCUUAAAAAUGCCAUCCAGCUUGAUAAACUUGAGAGUCAGAAUACGUCGUACGUUAGACCGUAUCUGAAGGAUAGACUUCUUUAGAACGAGUCGUACGUUAGAAUGGGUCUAGUUUGCAUCAGCAGAUGUCUGGAAAACUGUGCGUUAGGCUGAAGGAUGUGUCGUACGUCAGAUCAGAUCCAAUUUGCAUCCGUAGAUGUCUGGAAAAUCGUGCGUUAGGUUGAAGGAUGAGUCGUGCGUUAGACUAAAUCCAAUUUGCAUCCGUAGAUGUCUGGAAAACCGUGCGUUAGGUUAAAGGAUGAGUCGUGCGUUAGACUAAAUCCAAAUUGCAUCCGUAGAUGUCUGGAAAACCGUGCGUUAGAUUGAAGGAUGAGUCGUGCGUUAGACUAAAUCCAUAUUGCAUCUGUAGAUGUCUGGAAAACCGUGCGUUAGGUCAAAGGAUAAGUCGUGCGUUAGACUACCCAAUUUGCAUCCGUAGAUGUGUGGAAAACCGUGCGUUAGGUUGAAGGAGCUUAGUAUGUUGAGAAGUGUUUGUUGGAGAUUGAUCGUGUCAGCACCGUUCGUAGUAACUAAAUUAGACUUGGGAAGGAUGAUCGUGUCUACACCGUUCGUGAUGACAGAAUUAGAUCUUCGAAUGUUGAUCGUGUCAGUACCGUUCGUAAUACUUGAAUUAGAUAUUGGAAAGAUGAUCGUGUCUAUACCGUUCGUGAUGAUAGAAUUAGAUCCUUAAAGGUUGAUCGUGUCAGUACCGUUCGUAAUACCUGAAUUAGAUCUUGGAAAGAUGAUCAUGUCCACACCGUUCGUGAUGAUAAAAUUAGAUCCUUAAAGGUUGAUCGUGUCAGUACCGUUCGUAGCAACUGAAUUAGAUCCUGGAAAGAUGAUCGUGUCUACACCGUUCGUGAUGAUAGAAUUAGAUCUCUUGUCGUGUCAGCACCGUUCGUAGUAACUGAAUUAGACUGAGGAGGUAAUUGAUCGUGUCCACACUGUUCGUGAUGAUAGAAUUAGAUCUCUUGUCGUGUCAGCACCGUUCGUAGUAACUGAAUUAGACUGAGGAGGUAAUUGAUCGUGUCCACACCGUUCGCGAUGAUGGAAUUAGAUCUCUGAGAGUUGACCGUGUCAGUACCGUUCGUAGUAACUGAAUUAGAUCUUUGAGAAUGAUCGUGUCAUCACCGUUCGUGGUGAAUGAAUUAGAUCUUCGAGCGUUGACCGUGUCAGUACCGUUCGUAGUAGGUGAAUUAGAUCCUGGAAAAUUUGGAGAUUUCGUUCAUUUGUCUGUACCUGUAUUCUGCAAUAGGUGUAGCAAUUUAUAUAAUGUCAUGAUGUAUGUGUUAUGUAAUGAGUUCUUCGAAAUAAAUGAGAAACUUUGUAUGUUAUGCAUGAGUUUAUCAUGAGACACUAUGUGCGAAUGUAUGCGAUAUAUGAUCUUGAUUCGUAUCAUGUGAAGUAUCCUGGUCGGGACCUCGAUGUCUUUAUUUUGUUUUGAAGAUAUGCAGUUGGGGAUUUAUGACUUCUUCUUAGGGAUGAAUAGUAAUCUGAUGUACCCUGACCGGGGAUAAAAGAUAUUAGUAAACCAUGUUGGAGAAGAGUAAAGUGUUGGAGAACCGACAAUGUUUGAAGAUGUAAACUCUGUUGGGGAGAUAUGUCUUUGUUGGACGAGUAUGUUUGAAGGUAUCUUCUUAAUGAUUACUCUGUGGGGAUAUGAUCCCGUGUAACCGGCUUUGUGGGAAGGCAUGAAUGCUUUGAGUAUUGCCCCAAGUGAUUUAUAACUCUUGCCAUUCCUGGACUUAUAUUGAUUAGGACACCCUACUGAGUAUUGGUCAAGAUGUCAAACUGGACUUGCAUAGAUUUGCCUCUGUUAGUAGGAACUUUGAAAAGAUUCACCUCGCGAGGACUUUAUGAGAUGUGCAUUAUGGGCGACAUGCCCCUAGUAAUCAUAGGCUCAAGACAAUGUCCUAUGUUGGUUGAGAAGUAACUUCAAAUCUGCUUGGAUGCAUGCCUCUGAUUGUUUUGGCAUCCUUGAGAUAUUCUUGAAAUCUUGACUUGAUUGCCCGAGAUUGAUCGGGAAAUAGUUUGAAAUCCACUUGGGAUGUAUGCCUUUGACUUUUUGGCAUCUGAGAGAUUCUUCGAAUCUUGACUUGAUUUCCCCAGAUUGAUUGGGCAAAGCGUGCCAUGCCCCUUGUAGACGUAGGAGACAUUGCUUCUUGGAGUAAUCUUGUCUGUAGGGAUAACUUUCAGUCAUUAGUUGUACCCUGUGCAAGUUCUUUCUGAUGCUAACAUUUGAAAUUAUGUAGCAGAAUAUGUUUAAUAAUGAAUUCAUGAGAUGCAAUGCAUACGUCUGUCUUGAGUCUUUUUUGGAAAAACAUUAAAACAGAAGAUGUAAAAGCGUGAUAUUUAUAAAAACAUGAUUUUUGUAAAAACGUGAUGUUUGUAAAACGAAAUAUCAACUCAGCAUUUUUGGUAAACCUUAAGGACUCAGGAUACCCUUUUGGUGACAGUAUGCUCUCGAACUAACCAUACUUCAGUUAGGACUUUCAAGGGUUGUAACGUGGCUUGGUUCACGGUUUAAGAAACAAAGGAUAAUGGCUCAAAAAUUUAUUUAUACCCAUCCCCUUCUUCGUGAUGUUCUUCGAUCCUAUGCUCAGUUAACUUUGCGUUUCAGUUUUAGCAACGCUUGAAGUUGUAACAUUGACAUUUGAUGAUGGUCGAAGUAUCAGAGAUUUAAUUUGGACAGGCAGUCAUCCUUUGUUGUAAUACCUUCUUUUCGUCGAGGAUUUGUAGUGACCUCUUUUGAAAUGUUUUCUUUUGUCGAUGGUUUUUUAGCAACCUCCUUUUUGACUUUGUUAUCCCUAACUUUUGUCUGAACUGUUUAUUUUAAGAUUACAGUCAGCGGGAUGUUUCAAUUUUCGAUAAGUCUCCUUCAUAGGUUUUGACUUAAUAGCUUUUUUUCUUCCCUUUUUUAUGGAUAUUGACUGCCUGUCUUAAUGGUUACAAGAAUCCAUCACUAUUUGUAUAACCAACGGCUAGCAUAACUGAGUUAACUAAGUAACUACCCUGCCCCAGGUUAUGAUCAAGGGUUUUAAUUAGUACAAGAAAGAAACUUCUACUUCUUAGGCUCAAAGGGGUUGACAAGGGAUUAACAUCCUUAUAUCUCCAUUGUUUAGGAAUUGAAACAAUGCCUGUACAUCGUCAGCAUAGUCCGUUCAAAAGCAUACUGUAUGAAGUUGCGGUAUCAUUUUCGUCAUCCUCUCUCAAAAGGCUUACAGCUUAGCAGGAGUUGAAUAAACACAAAACAUAUGCAAAGUAAAUACACAAUUUAAAAUGAGUGAUAGCGAAAUAAUUUAUUCAAGACAAACAUAUGCAAUGUACUGAUGAUGAUUAUUAAAACAGAUAAUGUCUAUCAUGAGUCAAAUGUUUAAACAAACAGGAAAGAAAUUGCAAAUGAAAGUAAAACUAAUGAUCUGAAAGUUCAUCCUUCUAGACAUUUAAUCGAUCUUGUCGUGAUUAGGCAUAGGAGCAGUGAUCACUACAGGAGUUUUUGGAUGGUUGAAUUCAAUUUCACCAGCAUCGAUCAUGUCUUGAAUCUUGUUCUUCAAUGUCCAGCAGCUAUUUGUAUCAUGACUAGGACUAUCAGAGUGAUAUGCACACCUCACAUUAGGAUUAUAGCUACGGACAGAAGUACUAGGAUUCUUAGGGGGAUCCUUUAAAGUGAUCAACUUUGACUUCAACAGUUGUUGUAAUGCUUGAGCCAGUGACAUAUUGAUCUUUGUGAACUGACGCCUAGGUGCAUCUGGCUUGUGUCUUUGUUGUGGAACUGGUGUAGAGAUCAGAAUUUUCCCCACAGAUUGGUUGUGUUUCUUGCGACCUUUCCGAUUGUACACAGCAUUAGCCAUAUGAGGUUCCUUACGUGAGUUGAAGUCAAUGAUCUUGUCAUCAAUUAAAUCUUGGAUCUUAUGCUUCAAAGGUCCACAAUCCUCUGUAUUGUGACCAUGACUAUUCGAAUGAUAGGCACAUCUCGCAUGAUACUUGUACCCAGGAGUAGGGUUUGUAGGAAUUGAAUAUGGAGGUAAUAGAGUUAUCAAGUUCUGAUCGAGUAGUUGUUGGAGAACUUGAGACAACGACAUACGUAAUGGAGUAAAUGACCGCUUAGGCUUGGAUCUCUGAUUAUUUUGACCCCUUUGAUGCUUAUGUUGAUUCUUCUCCUUCUCGAUCAGAAGUGCCUUCAAUUCUUCUUGCCCCUUGGCCAGGUUAAGGAUCAAAGCUUGGAAUUCAGCAUUCUGAGCUUGGAGAUUUUUGACAGAUUGUUCAAGAUCCAUGAUGCUGAAAUAAACAGCGAGGGAGGAUGAGAGACCUAUUGUAAGAAACCUGUUAUGCGAUGUUAUGGAUGCAAAUGCAAUAUUUUCAAGGAUCUUUAGGAAUUUAGUUAGCAACAUUAGAAAAUGAUUUGGUCGCGUCUUUGUUUGAAGAAUUCUGAAUUUUGUCUUUGAACGUCCUUCUUCGAGAAUCAAGCUCACCAUAUCGAGUGGGUCAUCGCCUUUGAUUCGAGAUACCUCUGAAUUUGAAAUUAUAUGGCUAGAGGAAAAUAAAUCCUCUUGCCCCUUGUUAGGUGCUAAACCUUUGAAUCGGAAGGUAUGUGGCUAGAGGAAAAUAAAUCCUCUUGCCCCUCGAUUAGGAAAUCAGUCCUUGAUAGUAGUCCCUGAGAUUGUGCGCCCUAAAUCCCUAGGAUCCUUGAAAGGGUUAGUUAAAUCAUGUUAUGCUUAUGAUGUCAUGAUGUCAUGAUGUUAUGUGAAUGCAGUUCAUUAGACAUAGCGUGAGAUAGUAAGGGCAAACAAGUCCUUUUAACAAAACCUGCGAGGAAACAAAGGUUAGUAGCAAACACAAACAAGUCACACAAGUCACACACUUUCCUUAGGCUCGGCUUGCAUGGAGUUUAGAUCAUGUGAGAUACCCUUCCCCAAAGGUGUUUCUAAGGAUAAGGAUGAUAUCAACAACGGGUUCUAUGAGUUAUCCAGAAUUGUCAGCCCUUCUAAAGCACCCUCGGACAUGAUACAUUCGCAUCAUGCAAUGAUACUUUGAGAAAGGACCUAUCUGAAUUGUAGCAUCGGGUAGCGACUAGUUCUCAACAUUUGCCAAGAGUAGUCCCCCCACUACGUUCCUAAAGGCCAAGAUGGGUUAAAGGUGACUAAAGGUCCUUGAGCUCCGGCGCACCCACAGACACAUACAUAGACCUCCCUCAUUUGAGAAAGGUGUGCAUAUGACUAUGGAUUCCUAACUCAAGUGUGAACUUCAUAUUGACUCAUCUCCCACAUAUGCGAAAGAGGUCGCCAUGACUAUGCCACUCCUAAUCUUAAGUGUUCUUGAAUCCAGGAAUAGGAUUCGUCCUUCAUUUAAUUCCCAAAGCGCCCCCUGAAAAAUAAAACAUACAAAGCAAACAAUAGAAAACAUUUAAAGUGUUCCUAAACUUUUAAGGUAACCCCUCUUUUAUAAGAAAAUUCUCCCCAACAGAGUCGUCAGUUCUGUAAUACCGUGAACUGACUUUAUUUGAAAUGUACGGUAAGCAAGAGUCGCCACCGACUUUUAUUUUAUCCAAAUAUCAGAAAGGCUAAAAGAACAGGAAAAACCUUUUUAAAGAAAAACAGGGUUCAGGGGGUAAUUUAUGCAAAGGGAAGGUGUAAGUCACCCUUUGCAUCCAUGGUUAUCCAUGGGCUCUUAAUUCCUUUGCUCUUUUGAAAAUAAAUGUAGAAGAAGAGAAUACGAGCUUUAGCUCGUAAAUGAGCGUAGCCAUAUUGAAGGUUUAUGAAAAAAGUGUAGAAAAAGAUUUUAGCCAGAGCAAGGCAAUUAGGAGCAAUUACCUUAAUAUUUGUAGAAAAUUUCUUUUAGCCUUUCAGGGUGAAAGGGUCUAUCCAUACCAUAAGAGGGCAGGAAGUCUUUCGUUUGGAUGUUAACGGGUCAUCGAAUCUUCGUUCACCAUAAGACUUUCCCAUGCCAUAGAGGGGCAGGUAGUUUAAGGGAAAGAUCAGAAUAGCCUUCUUUGUUAGGCAACCGGAGGAUACCUCAGCACUUCGUAGGCAACUUCGAGGGACGAGAUCAUAAUUAGUGUAUCGAAGGCAGCAUCAGUAGGGACUUAUGAUCUUUGCAUUAGUCGAGGCAACAUGGCUGAGGUAACCUCGUAUUCGAGGGACAUGGCUAUUCUGCAAAACAAACACAAGGCAACAAGGCAACAGGCAACAGGAGGGGUUACCAAAAAAGUGUGCGUGGGUGCAACAAUCAUGUGAUUAAUUCAGAAAUUUAAUCUUAUAAUUAGUGAUGCUAAUUCAGUUUAAGGCUUGCACUCCAUAAGAUUACUAACCAUACAAUAAUAUAAUAGGCAGAUUAAGUGCCUUUAAGGCCAAGCAAUACAGCCUCAGAGCAAUUACAACUAAUAAUAUGGGGAAGGGAAGAAGAAACCAGUGGAUCUGACUCAAGUAAUAAUUAAAGCAGAAUUAAUAAACAAGGUUAAGAUUUAGGGUUACCGACUAUUGAGCUUUGGCGGUUGGCUAACCCUAAAAAAUUGGGAAAAGAGAAAAGAAAAUAAAAGGGGUGAGUGUAUGGACAAUUCAUUUGCCUAAUAACGUUAACCUUAAUUUAAUAAAAAAUGGCAAAAAGAAAUUAAAUAAAUAUGAAAAAGACUUAGCUUUGAUCUGAUAUGGUUGGUAGUCGGAGGUAGCCUCGAGGUUAACCCUGAAAAAUGGGCAAAAAUAAAUAAAAGAUGUGAGUGUAAAAGAGUCCAUUGACUUUCGAGGUUUUAGCCCUGAUAGCAAUUUUAUAAUGCAAAUAAGGAAUAAAUAAUAAAAUAAAAGAAAAUAGAGUCGGGACUUAGCUUCGUAAUAGGCGUGGCGCGUAGUCGGAUGAAAUCUUGUUGCUAACCCUGAAAUUGUACCAAGAAAAUUCUUCAGUGUAUGACUGAUCGAAUGAUGAACCCUGCUUUAGCUCAAAAGGCGAACAAAAUAUAAAAUGAUAUUAAACAAAUCCUCAAAGGUUCGUGGAACCGAAGGUUCGAUUGAAUAGAUAAACCAAAAUAACAUCUAACAAUUUUAGGGUUAAGCCGGAUAUUUCAAUGAUUUAAAUAUAUAAACAAAUAAAAUUUAAAAUUAAAGAAAUUAUAUUGAAAAAUCGAUUUUUGAUUAAAAUAAAUAAAUAGUGCAAAAUUUUUAAGAAGAAAAAGUAAUUUUACCAAAUAAGUGAAAAUAAAUAAGAAAAAAGAAAAAGGGAAUAACCAAAAUAUUAAAAAGAAAUAGAGAAAAGGAAACUUAGCUGCUGUGAUUGGGUGUGGCCGGCGGUUGGAGGUCCAUGAUAUGCCUUCAACUCUGGAUGCGUUGGAUCUCCCAGUGACAAAAUCUGAUGGCGGGAACGUGGGGUUCAUGGUAGUCAUUCGUGAGACAGCCGUAUUGAGUCGUGAAAGGAAAACCUUGUAAAAAUAAUAAUGGCACCGAGAGGGUUCGAACCCAUGACAUCCCGGUUGCCACGGAAAAGCAUUUCCAUCUGUACCAUCUGUGCCGUUUGUAAAACCAACACAAUCAUAAUAUGAUAAAUGAAAAAGAAACGACCUGAUGGAAAUACGCGCGCAGGCUGGGGGAAUUUCAAAAUGAGCCAAUGGGGCUUCACCAGAUCAUCGUCUUCUUCAUUCUUUGUAUGCCCAGAUUUAGCUACGACGUAGCUUCCAUUUUGCUGUGAUUCUUUCUCUAGCCAAAACCUGUCACAUUAGAACUCACGCUACAAGCACAAUCAAUCAUGAAUAAGAACCCAGAUCGAUAGAAAAUAACAAUACGAAUUCAAUGAACCUAUUGAUUGGGCAUGAAAUCGCUUCUAUACAGAACCCCCAUGUGUGAAGCAGUCGAACCCUAGCAAUGGCCUUGUAGAAUUCCUGCACUUAAACUUCAAUCGAAUAACACCGGAAGUUUGUAAACAUGAUUCUUAACACGAAUAUGCAUUCAAAUAUAAUUUAUGAUGAGUAUAAGAGCAUAAUCGAAUUAAAAAAAGGAAGGUAUAAACGGGACUUAUGGUAGCGCUAUGCAGGGUGCUUUAGGCUUCAACAAUGGUUGCAGUAGCUUCAGAGUAUUCCCAGGAGUACGUUUUGAUCUUCAAUUUGGCCUAAGAACGCCUGCAAAUUCCAAACCGAUUCGAAUUCUUCUUGAUUUUUUCAAGUCUUUUAGGGUUCUUUCAGGCUGCAAAAACGUGAACCCUUGCAUCUGGCCUUGCUCACUACUUAUAUUAGUGUAAAAUAGGUCAACAAAUUUGAGAUGAAUCUCUUUAAAUCUUUACUUGAGGUUUUUGAGAAAUUUGAUUUGUAAAACCUUCUAAAAUAGGCCAAUUUCAAUCCAAUCUCUUUCAAUUCUAUUUUGCACGAAAAUAUAUAGAUUAUGAGGUGUAAUUGUGAUUGGAUUUGAUUCAAAACCAAUUUCCUUGCAAAUCUUUUGAUUUUCCUUAAUUUUAUUGAUUUUUAAAUGAAUAAAAAUUCUUAUAAAAUUAAUAAAAUCAAAAAAAUUCGUGGCCAAUGGUUUAUGGGCUCCUAAUACCAUAAGGAAGGAGAUUGGAUCUUAAAAACAUGGGCCCAUUUGCAAAGAAUCUUAUUUUAAGGCCUUUUGCUUCACAUUCCUUCUUCCAAAAUUAGCCAACUUUGACAAGGCAUCUCUCCCUCAAUUUUUGAGGUAUGGAAAAGUUCUAGGACUUUUUAGAAACCUUAAGGGGUCCUCUAACCAAUGGUUUUGGUACCAUGUCAAAAUAAGUUUCCAUGCUCCUUGUGUGUUCUUUUGAAAAAAUGACUUCUGGUUGACUUUUGAAAAGGACCUAUAAUAUCUUGGUCCAUAUCUCUCAAAUGAAGCAUUUUUAGACCUGAUAUGUGAGAGACAAAUUUGUAGAGAAUUCAAUUUCCUUCAAAACAAGCUUUGGAUGGAAAAUUUCUGAUGUUCCAUGUAGGAGUUAUGGCUGGUCAAAGUUCAGUUGACUUUUCCCUUUGAAAACCCUAAUUUAGAAACUUUUGGAAUUGUUGAUUUCUGAUCUUUCCUUGAUGAACCAUGAUCAAUUCUUGAUCAAAUGGUGAAUGAUACUUCAAUAUGAGGAUGUUGACAAAAAAUCAGGAGUUUUGACUGUACUUUGACCACAGUUGACUUUUUAGGUCAACCCAGUCGACUGUUGACUUUCUAAGCAAUUGAGUGAUCAAUCUUUUGAAUCAGAGCUUGAAAAUUGGCAUGAAGGUCCUUUGAGGCAUAUGAGAGGUUAUGAGGUCCACUUGAAUUGUCAGAACUUGAUUUUUCUUGAAGAGAAGCAAAAACCCUAGUUGUGGGCUGUUUGUUUAGGAGAGUGUAUAUUGUGCUUACUUCUGGUAUAGCCUUGAGCAUGUGAAUCAGAGUAUAUUGAAAUAUCAUGGGCAAAUUUUGGGGUAUGACAUGUCAAACGGACGAUCAAGGGAUCAAAAAUUGGUUUUGCAAUGUUUUGAAUAAUACAGAGGCCUUUGUUGCAUCUUGGAAGUUGCAGAAUGUUCUGUAGGUGCAUCUACAGAACAAGUAAAUGUUAGGGUAGUUCUGUAGAUUCAGCUCCAGAAUAAAUCCAGAUGUUAUGAGUGUUGGAUGCUUCUUGAGUUGUAUCUAUGAAAGCAAGUUUUUUUU